GUGCAAUUUUAGUUGAUUAUAUAUUUUCCCAAAAUAUCCAACAAAAAAAAAAAAAUGGUAUCACACGAGCUUGCUUUUACAGCACUAUUAGUUACACUUGUGUUAAUACUUAUUUCAUGGUACAAAAGUGAUGAAACCUCCAACUCCCGGAAGGCAGGCACACCUCCAUUGCCUCCGGGUCCGAAAGGUCUACCAUUAGUCGGAUCUCUUCCGUUUCUCGGCCCAAACAUUCACGAAGAACUAACCAACAUAUCGCACCAAUAUGGUCCGAUUUUUAAGCUCUACCUUGGAAGCAAGCUUCACAUUGUGGUGAACUCUGCUGAAAUGGCCAAGGUCAUAACCGUUGAGCAAGACGAGAGCUUUGCUAACCGGGCCCCACAUAUUGCCGGGCUAGCAACAAGUUACGGUGGCAACGAUAUAGCGUUUGCACCGAAUAAUGCCAACCGACGUAACCUACGUAAAGUUUUGGUGCAAGAGGUCUUAAGCAACGUCAACCUUGAGGCGUCUCAUGCGUAUCGUAGACAUGAGGUGAGAAAGGCCGUUAAAUAUGUGUACGAUAGGGUUGGUAUGGACGUCGAUAUCAACGAGAUAUCGUUCUCAACGGUGUUGAAUGUGCUUACCAACAUAAUAUGGAGGAAAGGGUUUGUGGAUGACGGGACGAAUUACGCUAAUCUUAGUGAGAAGAUACAAAAAGUGAUAUGUAGAAUUGUUGAGAUCGCGGAAGGGCUAAAUAUCUCGGACUUCUUCCCAAUGAUUGCAAGGUUUGAUCUUCAAGGCGUUGAACGAAAAAUGAAGGAUCAAAUGAAGCAAUUCGACAAGAUUAUAGAGACUACUAUCAAGGAGAGAAUGAACUCCAAGUCUACAAACGUUGAAGAAACCGUUGAGCAAAAAGGAAGGAAAGAUUUUCUACAAAUAUUGUUAGAGCAUACAGAUCAAAAAACUGGAACAUCGAUCACCAUGACUCAAUUAAAAGCCCUUGUUUCGGAUAUAUUUCUAGGAGGAACAGAUGCAACGUCGGCGAUGGUGGAAUGGGCAAUGACGGAGAUUUUUAGAGAUCAAAAGGUGAUGAAAAGGGUUCAAGAUGAACUAGAAGAAAUAGUAGGUCUAAACAACAUCGUUGAAGAAUCGCAUAUCCCAAAAUUGAAGUACCUCGAGGCCGUGUGUAAGGAAACAUUCCGUUUACAUCCUCCAAUACCUUUCCUACUCCCUCGAGCACCAAAUAAGCCAUGCACGGUUGGAGGGUACACCGUUCCAGAAGGGGCUACUAUCUUUGUAAACGUAUGGGCCAUACAAAGGGACCCUCGACAUUGGGAGGAUCCAUCUGAGUUCAACCCUGACCGGUUUUUGAACUGUAAUGGUUCUACCGAGAAAUGGGACUAUAGUGGAACGAAUCUUACGUUUUUACCAUUUGGAUCUGGUAGGAGAAGGUGCCCAGGAAUUCCUUUAGGCGAGAAAAUGAUGAUGCACAUUUUGGCUUCGUUAAUGCACUCCUUUGAUUGGAAAUUGCCGAAUGGCGAAGAACUUGACCUCUCUGAGAGGUUUGGUAUUGCACUCAAGAAAAAGAAGCCGCUUGUAGCCGUCCCGACUAAAAGAUUAAGUGACCCAAGCCUUUACAUGUGAUGAUCGAUGUUACAUACCACGUUUUACGUAGUGUAUCAUAUCACGGUGCAUUGGUCGGUCGAUCUGCAAGUUAAGUUUAAUGUCUUUUUGUAAAAUUCAUUGUGGUACAAAUAAAUGGAUUCAAUUGUUAUUUACUUUC